GCGCUCAGGGAUAGUGAUAGCCAAUAAGAGGCCUAUUUUUGACCUACGCUUGUUCUUGAGCAACGUAAGCAGUGCACUCCAAUAAGGACUCGAGGAGAAGCAAACCUAAGCCAAUCGGAGGCUUGAAGGUGGGGUUGUCCCGCCUUCCGCCAUAGGGACCAAUAGAAAGCGCAGGCGGUGUGUUUGAAAGCGAGGCCAAAGAGGGUGGGAGCGCGUGCUGCUGGGAGUUGUUUGGAGUUUGGCGGUGCGGGGCUGACGGUCCUCAGGCAGAGCGGUCAUGUCGCACAAACAGAUUUACUAUUCGGACAAAUACGACGACGAGGAGUUCGAGUACCGGCAUGUCAUGUUGCCCAAGGACAUAGCCAAGCUGGUCCCUAAAACCCAUUUGAUGUCUGAAUCUGAAUGGAGGAAUCUUGGCGUUCAGCAGAGUCAGGGAUGGGUCCAUUAUAUGAUCCAUGAACCAGAACCUCACAUCUUGCUGUUCCGGCGGCCACUGCCCAAGAAGCCAAAGAAAUGAAGCUGGGGAGCCAGUUCUCAGCCUCAAGCCUUACACAGCUGUCCUCACUUGCUAACAUCUCUCUGAUGACAUUAUUAUGUUGCCUUCUUGUUUCUCACUUUGAUAUUUAAAGGAUGUUCAAUACACUGUUUGAAUGUGCUGGUGACUGCUUUGCUUCUUGAGCAGAACCAACAGGACCACGGCCCAGCCAGAUGAGUGCUCUUUGGGUUGCAGCCUCAGCUAAGUGUGACCCCCCAAAACCAAUGUGAGCUCUGUAUCCAGCAGAACACACUUGGCAGAUGGAGGAAGCAUCUGAGAAUAAGACCAUGGCUGCUACAGGGAUUGUGUAAACUUGCUGUUUUGUUUUUUUCCUGCCAGUUGUUGUAUGUAUGGUAAUUUACGUUUCAAUGUAUUGGAAACUUUACAUUUUAUUCAAGAAAUCUGUUCCAUGUUAAGAGCCUUGAUUAAAGAGGAAGUUUUUAUAAUCUAA